AUGGGAAUCUGCUCUUCUUGUUUGGGGCGCCGCCGCGCCGAUGAAUACAUCGAAGAUGACGAAGCCCAGCACCUAUUCGACGACCCCAACACCGUGAAUUAUGGCAGUUUUGAGCAGCAACACGUGAUGGCGCAGGAGGACCCUCAAGAGGUCCAGCGCGAGAUCGAGGCGCUACAGCGAGUCGUGGCGCGGACAUCAGACAAUAUGGUCGACAUCUACGACAUCAUCCCAGCAAGCAACGACAAAGCCACCACCGCCGUCCUCCAACCCGGCACGUUCGCGUUCCACGGCCAGGACCCAACCGCCGCCCGCUUCCAAACCUUACUGGCCAAGCUCUCUUCCCACGAAGACCUCGCCUCCGCCGCCCGAAUCGACUGGGGCACGCCCGACGACGAUCACUUUGAGAUGCAGCAGGGCGCGCCGCCGAUUAAGGUCGCCGGGGGCGAACCACUUCUUGGGAACUUUGCCGAUGCCGCUGCUGCUAUGCGAUGA